AUGUGCAUAAACCAGCAAAGCCCGUACACCUUGAUACCGUUACCACCUGUUCAGAGGGCGGGCUUUGUUCGGACUUGCUUUCGUGUGGCCUACGUCGGCUGUGACCGCAAUCUGGCGUGUUGCAGAGAGCUCUUGGGCAGCGUGCAGAGACUGAUCCUAGACACCAACCCCCAAUGCGUUGAUCAGUUCAAUCUUGGCGGAGUUCUGGUCAACGGCCAGCCUUCCCAGUCUUGGUCCAUCAGUACUCAUGACUCGGGCUACGAGCUGAAGAUCUCCAACCUCCAAGCGAGCAAUAGCACCUUCCCGGGCAGCACCAUUUGCAUAGUAGGCUAUCCGGAAUGCUCAACUUGGGCGGACGUUUGCAGGGGAUAUCCUGCACGGGGCUGCAGCAGCAGUAGCACUAGCGGAGCAUUCACCUUUGGUAACGGAGCUAACUGUACCCAACUAGAGAACCUUAUCGCUGCCGACAUUGCCGCUAACGCCGCAGCGCUCAACAAUAUGGCGCGUGCGCCGUACGCCAUCGGCAACCUCUCCACCUCCCCCACGAAGCCUUCCACGGGUCUUCCCGCCGUAUCAAUGUGUUUUACGGUGGGCUCUCAGGCCUGCAACUCCAAGUACUCAUGUUGCCAGAUGGACUUUGCCAAGGUCGAGAUCCCCAUCAGCCCCGUAUGUAAAUCGGCGGUUCAGGAAAUCCGGGUCGAUGGAAAGAAGGUUUCUUACAGCUGGGAUGCCGCCAAAUUCUGCUUGAACGGCAAAUGCCAGGUGAACAUUUACUCGACAGACAACAAAUGCUGUCCAGCCACAUUCAUCUCUUGA